AAACUGCCCUCCGCAAGUGACUGUCAAAUUGAAGCGCAAGAGUCACGAAGUUUAGAAAGAAGUCUUUUUUUGCCGCAGAAAAUUGUGAAAAUUACGCUGCAAAGGUAUCAAGUAGCUAGUAAAUUUAUCAUCAACGUCAUCCAAUAAAAAGGAAUAAUAAAGGACGUUAGGAGCAAAUAACCCAGAUAGUUUGCACAAUGGCAGGAGCAAUGAUGUUCGAUCGCGCCCAGUCGAUACAGAUGAAUCGUCAGGAUCUGUCCAAGAUUGCCGCCGAUCUCGAGGUGGAUGAGAAUGAUGAAGAGCAGAUUCGUCAGAAAGAGCAAAAAAUCAUGGAACUGGGAGAAGCCUACAAAAAGGAAGGAAAGGCCAAAGAACUGGCCGAUCUAAUUAAGGUGACCAGGCCUUUUUUGAGUUUCUUGAGCAAAGCGAAGGCCGCUAAAUUGGUUCGGUCGUUAGUAGAUCUAUUCCUGGAUUUAGAAGCGGAAACUGGAAUCGAAGUGCAGCUUUGUAAGGAAUGCAUAGAAUGGGCUAAACAAGAAAAACGUACUUUUCUGCGGCAGUCGCUGGAAGCCCGACUGAUUGCGCUGUACUUCGACACGGCCAUGUACACUGAAGCUUUGGCCCUCGGUAGUCAGCUGCUGCGGGAACUCAAGAAGCUAGACGAUAAGAAUUUGUUGGUCGAGGUGCAACUGCUGGAGAGUAAGACUUAUCAUGCGCUCAGUAAUCUUCCGAAGGCCCGCGCCGCAUUGACCUCCGCAAGGACAACAGCAAAUGCAAUUUACUGCCCACCGAAGGUUCAGGCAACACUGGAUCUGCAGUCGGGAAUCUUGCAUGCCGCAGACGAACGAGAUUUUAAGACAGCCUUUUCCUACUUUUACGAAGCUUUUGAGGGCUUCGAUAGCGUUCAGAGCCCAAAAGCGUUGACUGCAUUGAAGUACAUGCUUCUGUGCAAGAUAAUGUUAGGCCAGAGCGACGAUGUCAACCAAAUUGUCAGCGGGAAAUUGGCAAUAACCUAUUCUGGCCGAGACAUUGACGCUAUGAAGGCAGUUGCUCAAGCUUCGCAUAAGCGCUCACUGGCCGACUUUCAAGAAGCACUGAAACAGUAUAAGCACGAACUGGAGGAUGACGUGAUCGUAAAGGCGCAUCUUGGAACCUUAUACGAUACGAUGCUUGAGCAGAACUUGUGCCGUAUAAUUGAACCAUACGCUCGUGUCGAGGUUAACUACAUUGCAGAGCAGAUUGCGCUGCCGAUUGCCCAGGUCGAAAAAAAACUCUCGCAGAUGAUUUUAGAUAAGAAGUUUAGUGGUAUCUUGGAUCAAGGCAUCGGGGUGCUGAUCGUGUUCGAGGAAACGGCGGUAGAUAAAACAUACGAAACUGCUCUGGAAACGAUACAGCAUAUGGGUAAAGUAGUAGAUACACUGUACCAGAAGGCCAAGAAGUUGACGUAAAUAGCAACCGAAGCGUGCUCCAAACUGUAUAGGUACUUUUUUUCUAUUUAGGUUGUCUCCUUGUUCGGCGCUUUGAAAAUUUAAUGUAGUUUUUUGUCAUUUCGUAAUAAAUUGGCUAACUUUCGACUAUUUUCUCUCAAACAAUAACUUUGGUCAUCGAACGAAAUACUUUAUGCAGUGUAGCCUGGACUGUGUAAUGCCAUCGUGAAGUUGUACGAAUUAAAACGCAUAUAAACAACGAUGCAACUUGACGAUUGAAGCUUUAGAUUUGGUUCAUAACAUUGAUUCAAUAGUUACACAAUUUUUAAAUAACAUACCACGAAGGAGCUGCGCGUAUUGUUAUUUUAUUGGCAGUAGAACCGCGUAACAAUACGCGAUCCUCUAUCAGCAAGUGUUUUCAUGAUUUAGUAAGACCGUAAAUUCAGCAGACAGUACUCAAAUAAAUUAUUUCAUAAAAAUA